AUGGAACAAACAGCGUCAUUUUCCUGCGUUUUCAUCUGUGUAAUCGUCUCCGUAUGUGCGGCGUCAGCGGCGUUGCUCGAGUUGUCCUCCAUUCCGUCCCUAGCGCCCCUCGAUGCGUCCCUUCAACGGAAGGUGAAAGGGAAGAUUUUCGAGGUCCAUUCAUACAAGCUCCGACCCACACGUAGCAGCGGAAAAGUGGUGGGAGACAAAGGAGCGACGGGGAAAAUGUGGUUGAAGGGACUCAAGACUGCCCAACAAGAAUUCUACUUCGUGAAUAAGCUUCGGUGA